GUGCAUUUAAUUACCUGAAGGAGAAUUUCUCCAACGCUCCGAGUCUGGACAUGAGUGGCCCGUCGCUUUGCAUGCUGGUCCGGCUGAUGGUCGCCCAGGUGCAGGAGUGCAUCUUUGAGCGCGUCACACUCAUGACGCGAGACGCACACUUCACGUCCCAACUCCGUCUGGCACAAGAGGCUGCACGGGUUUCGGACGUCUACCUGUUGGUGCAGCAGACCAUGACGCAGCCUCUGAUGAAGGACUAUGUGCCUUUUUCGUGGGCGUCCAUGGUUCAGGUCAAAUCUGAACACUUCCGCGCUCUCUCACACUACUACACUGCUGUUGCGCUCUGUGACCACAUGUCGUCUGCGGAGGACGAGGAGAAAGAGGAGAGGCAGCAGCAGUACGAGGAAGCAGAGGAGGCGUUCCUCCAGUUCUACGUUAGCGCUCCUGUAGGACCCUCACUCAGCCUCAUUCUGCAAGACCCUGAAAAGAGACGAAAGCUCGGUAAAGCUCACCUGCGGCGUGCAGUGAUCCGACACGAGGAGGCCAUGCGUGUCCACGGUCUGUGUAAGAUCCUGAGGAAGAUGGACAUCCUGCAGGACGUGUUGUCUCUCACACACAAACGCUCUUUGGACAAAUACUCAGAGCUGGACCGAGAGGACGACUUUGACGAAACCGCAGAGGCUCCAGAGAUACAGUCUCAAACCCACCAGAAACCAGACAUCACUCCACCCGACUUCUCCACAGUCCAAGUUACUGACAUCUUUCAGAGACUGGGGCCUCUGUCUGUGUUCUGUGCUCGGGCUCGUUGGGGCCCGGUGCGACUCAUCUGCCUGCAGAGGAGAGAGGGCGGCCUGGGCCUCACGCUGAGAGGAGACUCCCCCGUCCUGGUGGCAGGAGUGGUGCCCGGAGGCUGUGCAGCGGAGGCAGGACUGAGGGAAGGAGACUACAUAGUGGCGGUGGAUGGUCAGGACUGUAAAUGGGCCAAACACAGCGAGGUCGUCCACAUGCUGAAGAGCUGCAGCGACAGAAAGGUGGAGCUCAGCGUGGUCACGUUACACUCACAUGAUACACAGGUGGAGAGGAGGGCCAUCAUGCUGUCCCACUGCAGCGACAAAGAAAACGCCCGGCAGCGUCUGCUGGGUGGGGCUAAGGGCCAGAGCUCCGCCUCCCUACUGAACUGGAACAGGAAGAAGAAGAGAGAGGGCGACGGCGCCACCAAGAGACUCGGAAGCACUUUCAGUUUGUCAUUUGGAAGCAUCAGAGACACGGAGGCCAUGUACUGAGGCGUGACGGCAGAGCAUCCACUCAGGAAACAACAACAGCAGCGCCGCUCACGGUACGACGGAGGCUGCGGUCUCUGUCGAGUGCUGCACUCGCUCCACCAGCUCCUCUGUUGGAGGAGCCGCAGCGUUGACUCACACUUGGCUGCAGCACAGUUUCAUGUGUCUGGCAAUUUUGUCAGUCAAUCAAAUACACGGAUGGAUACGUACCAGGUAGAAGUCUGAAGCAGGACAAAUCAUGAGUGGGUGUGAACAGAAGACGCAGCGCGGUGGAAACUGAGUUUAUGACAAAGCGUCAGAUCAGUAAACAGACUUGACGCAGCCUGAACCUGUGACGUGUACGCUCUGUGUACAAAGACUUAGCUAAAAAACAAAAGCAGAUGGUCUUUGAGUGACGACUUGAUAAUAAGAGGGAAGAGUUUAGUCUGAGCUGCCACAAACUUUUCCACAGGCUCAUAAACAUCUAACGUCUUAGUUCGAAUGGCUGAUCGGAAAGAAUAAACACAAAGUUCUGCAGUUACUUUUCUUUCUGUCUGAACAAACUUAAACUCUCGUUCAACUCCCUGCAUCCUUUUUACUGAUCACGUGCAGCAACGUGUCCCCAGAUACUCAGAGUGUUAGAGCGCAGCAUGAGUCUGACGUUGACCUGACAGCUUCACAAACUCUUUUUGCCUUUUUUAAAAUGGAUAAUAAUAAACAUGUAAACACAUUUAGUGAGCACAGAGUAGAUUUUCUUUUGCUUGCAUGUAACUUCUCUUUGAAAUGUAAGUGCGCUUGCUAAAUAUAUUUUUCAGUGCUGUAAAUCUCAAAUUGCUCACUCAGGAACAAGCACAAAUAUAACAACACUCCACUUUCACAUAAAACAAAGUAUUGUAGCAGAUUUCUUGUGUCUCAUAUUUGUUCCUGAAGUUGUCUCCGAGGUUACAGAAAAACUGUGAGUCUGUGUUGAACACAAACAUCUUAAACUUAUCUGAUGGAGAUGAUUCAGUUCAUGAUACUUUACUGUCUAAAGUAUAAUGUUGGGCUUCAUCCUCAGAUCAGCGUUUCUGGAGAAAUAUUUUAGUUUUUAUCAUUUCUGGAUUAAUUAAGCACUUCAGAGGUUUUGACCUAAUGUGUUGUAGUUUGUGUUUUAGCCGAGUGUGAAUAUUGAAAAGGAAAAGUGUUCUGGUUCUGUAGCUCUGCUGCAGUACUGAACACGAGGCGCAGAGCGAGGUGGAGUAGAUGAAAUAAACUGUGAAACUGAGAGUUUCUGUGACGGCAGCAGUGUGAGGUCGUUGUUAAAGUCCAGCCACUGUACUGCACGUUACAGCCAACUCUAGAUCUGUGAAUGACGUUAGUGGAGAAAUGUGUCUUUUGAUUAACAUUGUUUUUGUAAGAUUUUGAUACGACUAAAUUUAAAAAGUGAAAACUGUAGCACAUUAUUGUUCAGUGGAUGAUGUGUGUGUGUGUGUGUGUGUUUCCUGUUUUGUCUGUACAAUGCUCGUGCCAUGAGGGCUCAGAGUCACGAGGACAGAAAGCCAGAGGUGAAAGUUUAAAUGAACAUAAUCAUGAAAAUCAAUUUUGAUUUGAAGGAAACAAAUUAAUCUGUUAUCGACUCUGCUCUGGCUGUGUGUGUGUGUGUCUGUGUGUCUGUGUGUGUGUGACAGAGAAAAAUAAUUCUUCCUGUGUGUUUUUCACUGAAUAUCUGACCAUCUCUAAAUAAUUCAUUUGGGGAUUUGCACAGUAUUUUUUUCAUAUGAAAUCAA